AUGACGAAUCAAAGGAUGUCAAGACAUCUCGGCUCGUACGACCAUGAAUAUCAGGUGGAGUUACCGAAACGUGAGAUCCUUAGAUUCGACGGCAAUCCGAAAUCUUACUGCGCAUUUAUCAAGCAGUUCCAUUCCAUGGUUGAAAAGAAGACAAAGAAUAACGAAACCUGCCUCACCUACCUGAUUCAGUAUUACGAAGGAGAAGCAAAGAAGGCAAUUCAGCAUUGCAUGAUCUUGGAACCGGAUGAUGAACUCAUGCGAGCCAAAGAAAUACUAAAGAAGAGGUUUGGUCAAAGUUAUGUGAUCGCCCGAGCUUUCAUCGAUGGCUUGAUUGAUGGCCCUCCAAUAAGAUCCGACGACACCAGGGCAUUAACCACCCUCAGCCAACAGAUGCAAGCCUGCGUUGCUACCCUGAGACAACUAGGGUAUCCGUCAGUCUUGAAUUCUAGUCGAACCAUGGAGGCGAUUGUCAUGAGGCUGCCUUCUCAGUUGCGCUUCAAAUGGGCUGAAGUCGCCACCACCUUGAUGCGCCACGGGAAAGAACCUCAGUUGGAUGAACUGGCGUCGUUCAUUGAAGAGCGGGUUGACAUUGUAAGCAGCCGCUUUGGAGAAUUGGCUGUUACUCUUAAGGGCGACCACAGUAUCAGACAUGUACUCACGUCCAGAGGCACGCAAUUUGGAGUCCGUCGAAACAUCCAUACUGCAACGAUUAUGGAAAUGAAGAGUAACGACAAGUCAACCACAAACCGGUGCACGAUCUGA